AAUGCUGAGAGCCUGACGGAUGCCUGUCCGGGCCGCCCUGUGUCCUGGCUGAUGGCCAGGUCUUUUUCUCUUGUCCGGACGAUCAGGAUAGCUCUCAGGGCCCCGCCCUGUGUGGCCUUGCCUGGCUUGCUCGAAUCCUGCAACCUCUGCAGGCAGGUUGGCGGGCCGAUCCCAGACCCUCGUCCCACCACCCGCCGGCGAAGAUCCGGGGAUGGGCAACGCCACCCAGCUCGCUCCAGAGCCAGCAUGGGUCUCAGUGAGGUGGGUGACUCUCCAGGAUGGGAGACAAGCCAAUUUGGGAGCAGAUUGGAUCCAGCUUUAUUCAGCAUUACUAUCAGUUAUUUGAUAACGACAGAACCCAACUAGGCGCAAUUUACAUUGAUGCGUCAUGCCUUACGUGGGAAGGACAGCAAUUCCAGGGCAAAGCUGCCAUUGUGGAGAAGCUAUCUAGCCUUCCGUUCCAGAAAAUUCAGCAUAGUAUCACGGCGCAGGACCAUCAGCCUACACCAGAUAGCUGCAUCAUCAGCAUGGUUGUAGGCCAGCUCAAGGCUGAUGAAGAUCCCAUCAUGGGUUUCCACCAGAUGUUUCUAUUAAAGAACAUCAAUGACGCUUGGGUUUGCACCAAUGACAUGUUCAGGCUUGCCCUGCACAACUUCGGCUGACCUCCUCCUGGCCAGAUAGUCACGCUGUUUCCUCCUCCCUUUUCCCAAUCCUAUCUCCUCCAGAUGCUCCAAAUAUCAUACACAAACGAGCAGGGCCGAGGUGGGAGUGGGUGCAGUGCGCUUCUGUCACCACGGUAUUGUGCAUGAUGUUUGGAUGCUAGACUAGUUGCAUCUGACAGGAAAAGUUUGUGUUGUACCAGCGCAUGCCUUGGAAAGACUUAAGUAAUGCAAAAGAUUGUCGGUUUUUGGUUUUUUUUUCUUGUUGUUUUUUUUUUUUUUUUUUUUUUUAAUCUACUGACAAGUUGCUCUAGUAACCCAAAGAAGUGAAGGAGAAAGCAGCUGCCUCACCAACCGCCCAGAUAUCGAUUUGUUCAGAUGUUUCAAUGCCUCAUGAUACAAUAAAACCACAAAAAUUUUCUUAACAGUU